UUGGGGGGUGGGGAGUUCCGAGGCUUGGCUCGCUCGCGGAGCGGAGAAGGUACGGGCGCACGCCAUGAGCGGGCUGCAGAACAAUGUUGCCAAAAGCCAGUUUCUGCUGGAGAGAUUAUUGGAUGCAGUUAAGCAGUGCCAGAUCAGAUUUGGCGGAAGGAAAGAGAUUGCAUCUGAUUCAGACAGCAGAGUUACGUGCCUCUGUGCUCAGUUCGAAUCUGUGCUUCAACAUGGCUUGAGGAGGACCCGGGGAUUAGCCUUGACGGCAGCAGCAAUCAAACAGGCAGCAGGCUUCUCCAGUAAAACCGAAAUGGAGCCCGUGUUCUGGUACUAUGUGAAAGAAGUUCUUAAUAAACAUGAGUUACAGCGUUUCUACUCCCUGAGGAAUAUUUCUACGGACAUUGGCAGAGGUCGUGCCUGGCUGCGCUGUGCACUGAAUGAACACUCCUUGGAAAGAUACUUCCACAUGCUGCUUGCAGAUAAAAAUCGGCUUAGUGUCUUCUACGAAGACUGGUCCUUCAUGAUGGAUGAAGAGUGCUCUAGUAUGAUUCCCACAAUGGCAGCUGGGCUGAAUUCUAUUCUUUUUGCAAUCAACAUUGAUAACAAGGAUUUAAACGGGCAAAGCAAGUGCCCGCCCACCGUCUCUCACCUUCUCAAGGAAUCCACGCAGAAUGUAACCUCGCUGUUGAAGGAAUCAACCCAAGGGGUUAGCAGCCUCUUCAGAGAGAUCACAGCGUCUUCUCCUGUUUCCAUCUUAAUCAAAUCUGAUCAAGAUGCUGACCCCUUGCCAAUUUUAUCAAAGAGCCUUAGUGGUGAUUUAAAAUGCAGAAAGGAUCGAUUGAAAAAAAAGAAGAAAGUCACAAACAUUAUUUCAUUUGAUGAGGAGGAAGAUGAACAAAGCCUGGGGGAUGUCCUAAGGGCAACGGUGGCAGGUGAAAGCUCUGAAGAAAACUCUGACCAGGUUUCCCUCUAUGUAGCUUCUCCCCCUGGAGACUUGCUAGCUAAACUGAACAGGGACCAGACUGUGCCUUUGUUGAAAAACGAUUCUACAUAUCUAAACGGAGACUGUGGCUUCCAAAAGCUGGAUGUUAAAAGUAUAGAUGAUGAAGAUGGGGAUGAAAAUUAUGAAGCUGAUGGCAAAAUGUUAAGAAACCACAGCGUGCCCACAGAGGCGGAGUCUUGUGGAAAAACAUCUGAGGUUGCAAUGAACAAGUCACUGGUUUGUGCUUGGUCUCCUCUGCAAGUCCUGAAUGAUGAUUCUGAUGAGUUGUUCCCUGUCAGUGCUGUAGGCUCUUUUUCCCAGACAGAUAACCUGGAGAAUGGUGGUGAGCAUGAAACGGUUGACUUUCCCGUUGAACUGCCUUGCAGAAAUGCUAACCUGCACUUCAGGGUAGAAGCUAGCCCCCCUGUCCAGGAGAACUCUCUGCAUGAGCUGCUACCUUCAGCCAAUGUGCCAGAAUCGAUGACUGUCGCUGAACUUCGACAAGCCAUUGUGGCCAUGAUGAACAGAAAGCACGAACUGGAAGAGCAGAGCAGUUCUUUGAGGAACCUCCUUGACGGAGAGAUGGAGCAUUCAGCAGGACUGCGCCAAGAAGUGGACAACCAGAAGAAGAAACUUUCAGAGCAGGAAGAGCGCUACACAGUGAAAAUCCAGGCCUUAGCAAGAGAAAACGAGGUGCUAAAAGUACAGCUGAAGAAGUAUGUAGGAGCUGUCCAGAUGCUGAAAAGAGAAGGUCAGACCGUGGAAGUAUUGCCAAAUCUUUGGAACAUGGAUAGUGAAUUUGCCAUCCCUGAGCAGAAACAAGUAGAAAAUAAUGAAGAACUGGCAAACUCUUAUGAGAGAAAGCUAAUUGAGGUGGCAGAAAUGCACGGGGAGCUGAUAGAAUUCAAUGACAGGCUGCACCGGGCUUUGAUGGCUAAAGAAGCUCUUGUGACUCAGAUGAGACAGGAACUCAUUGAUUUGAGAGGACCGGUUCCUGGAGAUCUGAGCCAAACGUCUGAGGACCAGAGCUUGUCAGAUUUUGAAAUAUCAAAUCGAGCUCUUAUAAAUGUCUGGAUUCCCUCGGUCUUUCUCCGUGGAAAGGCAGCUAAUGCGUUUCAUGUUUACCAGGUCUACAUCAGGAUAAAAGACGACGAGUGGAAUGUCUACCGAAGAUACACAGAAUUCCGAGGCCUGCAUCACAAGCUACAGAUGAAAUACCACCAAGUGAGAAGUUUUCACUUUCCACCGAAAAAGGCCAUUGGAAACAAGGAUGCAAAGUUUGUGGAGGAACGACGGAAGCAGUUACAGAAUUACUUGAGAAAUGUUAUGAACAAAGUCAUCCAGACUCUGCCAGAAUUCACUGCCAACCCUAAAAAAGAGACUCUCAUCCAGCUGAUGCCCUUUUUUAUUGACUUCCAACCUGCUGGAGAUUCUGCAAGCAAAACUAGUCGACCCCGAGGGACGACCCGAUUUCCGAGGCUGUCUCGGAGCCAUCAAAGAGAGCCACGGAACCCGGAACCUCAGAGUGGUGACCUUUGACUUUCUCGAUAGAUAGAUCCACUAGCACCAUGUACUUUAAACAACCUUUUGAUUUUGUUCUGUCCAGUGCAGUUGAUGACGCAAAACAGUGGGUGGGGUGGGGGAAAUGAAUGCAUUCGCUUUUUGUACAGAAGGGAAGCCAUCUAUGAUAAGGGUUCCUAUUUUGAUUAAACAGGUCACUGUUGAGAUAAGCAGCCAUUUUCCAAAACAAUCAGAGGCCUUUUGGCAUAUUUUCUUAGGUUUGUCAAGAGGCACAUACUAGCUUCUCUUUCAUAUAUUGAUGUUUCUUUUGAUGGGAUCUCUCUGCAUUCAGAUCCUCCUAGGAACUUACGACUGCUUGUGGAUUCGUCAAAAUGGCAUUUUCCACCAGCACAAUUAUAGCUGGAAUUAGAGGGGUAUUUGUUUUUAAUCUACUCUCUUCCCACCUCAUCCGCCCCCCUUCCAAAAUCAAGGAACUGUUCCUUGUUUUACCACUUACAUAAAACAAUGAACAAAAAGGGAGCAAGGCUGGUGGAACCCAGCAAGUGUUUCUGCUUAGAUCUUCCCAGAUUUCCUGACCUAUGAUGAGCAAAUCUGGGGCACCACUGAUUUCACAAACAAAAUUUGAUUUAAGCCAAGUAGGGCAGCACUGAAAUCGGGAAUGUCCUUAUGGCAAGGGAUGAAAUCAAGGGGAAUAGUUGAGGUGUUGGGGAGGGCAUUUUUUUUUUUACAGAGGAUGGGAUAUUUUCCCAGCUAUUUGUCUGAACUUCCAUUAUUGAUUUCUUGGUGGUAUAUUAUUGUAAUUAUUUUAAAAACCUCAGUGUCAAAAUAAGUAGACACUUGGGGCUAUUCUUUCCACCACUUCCUACUUAAAGCAUAUGAAGUGACACCGCUGAGGGCUGCCUAAUGCAAGUGGCUCUGUUGUUCGUCUCCUUUCGCUGAAAUGUUUUCUGGUAAGGAUGCAGCAAGGACCAGUAAAAGGGAAAUGAUGCUUAAGGCUGAUUGGAAUCCUAAUAUGAUUUAACUGGAAUGCUGUUCACUACGCCCACACCUUUGCACCGCCAUAGAUGGCAAAUAAUCCUGUUGCUCUUUUGUUUUCCAUAAUAAGGUUUACUCAAUACUACCUCUCUGCAGGGUUUUUUUUUUAAAAAAAAUCAAGAAUGAACACUGUUUUUCCUUCGCACCAGGGCAGCUCUGUUGUAUCACAAUUUGUGCAUUUGAUUCUCAGACAAUUUGGAAAAGGACAAGAUGCAGGCUCCCACAUUCCACUUGUAAAAAUCAACCAGGCUGGCAGUGGAGUCUUUCUUUGACACUGGUGAUGGGACGGUGGCUGUGGGCUAGCUUAGGGGACACAUGGCAAGCUGCGUGAUAUGCACACCUCUGUCCUUUUCCCCACCUUUCAGUAUACAUCACCUAAGGCAGCUGCCUCACUCUGCCUAAUGGCAGGGCCAGUUUAUGCUCAUGGCGCUGCCAUCUUACCCAACGGUUCUCUCUCUUCUGCUGAUAUAAAACUAUUUUUCCAGAGAUGUAUCUACCCAAUGAUAUUAUGCACUUUCCCCCCCAAAUCAUAGCAGUAUUAUUAAGGCCACAUUCACACCAUACCUUUAUUCCCAACAGGAUUUACUCACAGAUAGUAACAGAGUUCUUUCACAGAUUCAGUAGGCAUCACCAAAAGUUUCUAGGACAGGCCAUAGAAAGUUGCACGUAUUUGGCCCACCAAGGUUGAAGUAGGUUUCCUACAAGCAACUGGUUGGCCAGUGUGGGGAAGAGGAUGUGGGACUACAGGGACCUUUGGUUUGACCCAGCAGGCCACUGCUGAUGUUCAAAAGACCUUCCUAUAACCUGGUCAAAUAAUGGUUGUGAUAACCUCUUCCUCCUCCAGAGGGCAGUCUUUGACUUUUGGGAAGAAUUUCCUCUAGUCAUCAGGUAGGACCGUUGGCAGGAAAUGACACCAUGAGGAGAGGGAUUUCUUCUCAGGCCCCAAACUAGCCCUGAUUGGUUAGCAGUACUCAGAGCUUAGGCACAGCACCCCAUUGAGCUCUUUGGCCCAAAGUGUCCUAUGCCCACUUACUUGACCCAGAAGGACCAGCUUCCAAAUAAGCAAGCAUAGGAUGAAGCUCCAUGAUAGCCAGAGUUUCAGAUGGCCACUGUCAAUAUUCCAUUUCCAUGCCUGCAUUUUGGAAGUACGUUGGGUUGUAUCUUACUCAGGGUAGACCCACUGAAAUCAUUGGGCAUGGCUAACUUCAUUAAUUUAUGUGGGUCUACUGUGAGUAAAACUUAGUUGGCUACAGCACAUUCUUUUUAUUUAUGUAUUUAUUGCAUUUAUAUACCACCCCACAGCCAAAGCUCUCUUUGAAAACCGCAGCUACCCCUGUGGAAUUCUUUAUGUAAUAUAUAUUUUUAUGGGUGGUGGUGUGAAUUAGGGAAAGGAUACAGGUCCAGACUAAAAGUUGGAAGGGGAAGAAGCCACUUGAGAAAUGGACUUUCUUUCCCAUCAUCAAAUUUGGCAACGGGCGUAUCAUGAGCGGUAAGCUACAGUACACAUGGGCUUAAUUUUUUUUAAUUAAAUCACACCGCCCAUUAAGUUUGGUGUGUGUGUAUAUGUGUGUGUGUGUGUAAUAUGAAAUAAUUUGGAAGGCCUUACAAAAUAUGUUCAUUAUAGAUCACAUUUUGUUAAAAGGAAUUAAUCAUUUCUGAGCUGCUCCUGUAUGCUAGGGGAGCCGCAAUAAACAAAUCUGCCUCGAUUUGAGAAAUAGACCACUAGCCGUAAAACACGGUGACAAGAGUUUAGAGCGGUAAGCCAUUGAGAGAUAAGGCACAACGGCAGUAAAUUUGGAAUUUGGCUCACGGAGGGGAAAAAAACCCAUAUGCAGAGGUUUAAUUUGCCACCCUGAAAUGAAUGCUUCAUUGUAUAAGAGGGAGAGAGAAAAAUAUGUUUAGCUGUUAGCUGUCAAAUGAAAUGAAUAGGAGUGUAUUAAGGACUAGCAUUGACUGGCUCAGCACGGCAGUAAUGAAUGGGACAUGGAAUGACUGAGCCGGUAAUGAGAAGUCACUUGUCGUAUCAUAUUAAUAAUCAAGAAAGUGAUACCAACUUGUAAGCAUUUCAGAUCUGGAAACUUGGGCAGAGAAAAUUCUGAAAUUCUGAAAAGGGGCAUUUUGAGAAAGGGUGUGUGUGUGUGUGUGUGUGCGUGUGUGCGUGUGUGCGUGCGUGCGCGUGCGUGCGUGUGUGCGUGUGCGUGUGUGUGUGAGAGAGAGAGAGAGAGAAGUAAGUUUCAUUCAGUGUUUCCAACGUUUUAGCUGCCGUAAAAGAGAGAUGUCCUUGUGAAUUGCUGACAUUGUAGUAGAAAUCUGGCAUCCUGGCUUCAAAUAUUCCAACCUGCCAAACAGUUACAUUGAGUUAUCCAAUUUCCCCUUCAAUCCUAGCUGCUGUGUCUGUGACGUUCCCUCCAGAUACGCUGUAAUAUCAUUGAGUAUCUGGUUGAUGACCUCACUUGUGCUCUGCCCACUAUUCCAUAUUCCAAGUAUUGCCUUUGGAUAUCCAGAGCAUCAAGCUAUGCCCAUAGGGAAACUGGGGUGCAAUGGCUGUAAAAAGAAUUAAGAACAAAACCAUUCUGUCUGUAACCUUCAAUAGAUGAUGAUUAUACUCCUUGGGUUGUAAGUUUUACUCAGAGUAGACCUGUUUGAAUUAAUGGACCUCAGUUACUCACAUCCAUUAAGUUCAGUGGGUCUGUUCUUUAUUAUUAACAGUUAUUAUUGUUCAACUCUUUAGUUGCAAAUUUUGGAGUUGGGUGCAAAUGAAAAAUGCACCUCCCCAUAACAUCCUCUUAUUUUCCAGAAGUCUAACGUGGACUUUACACCAUGAAAGCUUGUGCCACGGCGACUGUUAGUUUCAAGGCUCUCUCUUUUGCUCAGCAGACUAGAGCUACCCCUCUGGAAGUCCUGUAUAGCAACUAAAACACUGCCCUGAAUAGAACUUAACCUGUUUGUCCCACUGAUACCAUGUCCCACAGUUAUCAUUGGGGUGGAUCUAAAAUACUAUUUGCUGCCAUUCACUGGGUUCAUCAGGGAGUAGCAGUGUGUUCUUUAGAGCAAUGAGAAACUUGCAUUCCUGUCAGCCUUUUGAGUGAGUCACUCUGAGAAUUCAAGCUUCAGUCCUUUCCACGUGAAAGAGAAAUGGCCUUAUUUGCAUUUCCUCACUGCCUUUUUGGCCUGUUCCACCUUUCUCAGUAUUAAUUUAGUAGCUAUUCAGUAAUACCCUUUGGGGUUUUUUUUUUUGCAAGCACUAAAGCUGUGUAGUGCUUAAAAUACCAAUUUAAUCUGUUAAAAGUGAAACCAAGACAUUUGAAAAGAAAUAGCCAUAUUUGGCUAUGUUUUAAUGGAAUAAUUCCAUUUUUGCUGUCUUCCUGUAGGUUUUUUUUUUUAACUGCAUCCUGACCUUUUAGAACUCAUCUGUGGAAAAGAUAACACUUCUUUAAAAAGUAGUCAAUGGAUGGGUCCUGUUUUUGUAUGUGCUGGGUAAACUUGCAUGCUCGUUGUGAUCCUGAGCCCAGCGUACGCAAGAUGCUCCUCCUGUAGCCAGCUGCAAUGCCACGAGCCCUUACACCGAUUGCCCUCUUUCACAGCUGGGCAUUCGGAAAGCCCAGGCCGGGUUGAUUUCAGGGUAAAUGCAGGAGGAAGCUUAACCUACCCACCACUUUUUCAGAGUAGCCCGGAGCUCUUUUGGGAGAAAGGGCAGGAUAUAAAUGUAAUAGAUAAAUGCCCAUCUCUUUUACAUUUCUUUUUUUAAAAAUUUACAUAGAGAUUUAUAACCUGUCUUUCUAGUGGCUACGCCCCCGGUCAGGGCAAGGUUUUGUCAUGCAGUGCUUGCCCUGUCCUAUUGGGAAAUGAGAAGAUAAUAAUGAAAAGCAACGAACCCUUUAUGUGUGCUUUCUUUUUCUCCCCUUGUGCUAUAAGCACUCCUUGAAAUCUUCAAAGCCACCUGUAAUAAACUGUCACUCCUCCUGUGCUGCGAACUGCAGAAUUGGAUCUGGCGAAACCACAUUUACCACAGCUGGCAUCUUGCCACUGUUAUGUUAUGUUAAAUUUAUUUAUACCCCGCCUUUCAGCUAAAGGCCCUCAAGGUGGCUUACAAAGAGAAAUAAACACAGAUAUAAAUUACGUCAAUAAAAGCAAAACAAUUUACAACAAUUAAUACCAUAUAAUACAAUUUACAAAAAUUAAAGUAAAUAAUAAACUGAUGCAAAUUAUCUUGCAGUCAUGUUAACAAGUUUGUCUAAGAUUAACCAGAAGAAAAAAAAUUAGUUCCUGUUCUGUUCUGCACCAGAGGUUGAGGCUACAGAGGGCUUACCCAAGAGUUCAAAGGAAACGGAACCCCUAGGAAAACUCUCCUUAUCUCUGUGACCCGACCUUCCUGCAUCCCAGCCGCUUUACAUGCCAGGUGAUACAGCAAAUCAAAAAGGCAGCCAUAACAAGGAGUGUUACCUUGGAUGACUGAUGACAUGGUAACCGAUUCCAGUGCUCAGGUUAAUAGCUGGUGAGACUAUACCUGUUGCCAACCUGGAGAGUCUCAUAUUGUAGGGAAGCUCUGGAAAAAAAUAUUGCUCCGUUUCUAAUUUCAUAAGAUCUGUUUUGCUUUCUUCCUGCUCUGUACUGAUCAUUAAUUGACUGAACUGUUCUCCAUGACAGAGCCGAAGGAGAAAUAAUUCUUAUCUGCGUUUGCAUAAAGUUGCUUCUUCAAUAGAUGUCUCAGCCUGCAUAGUUCUUCUGAGCACUCCACUGCUGGGUUAUAUGUAUCAGCCAUUCAGUAAUAAUUUGCUGGCAUGCAUUUUUCUUUCUCCAGUGAAUAUUGAAUCAUCUGAAAUGGUAGAUCCAGAUGGCUCUAAAUGUAAUUAAAUGACAGAAAAGCAAAAACUCUUUAAGAUCUAUGAUUCUUUGUGACUUUUUGACACUUUUGUAAAGUCCCACAUGCUGAAGGAAAUAGAUACUUCUGUGCCUAGAACCAGGCCAGUGAUAGAAGCAAAUUGGAUUUUUGAUCCAUUGAACUUUGGGCAUAAUAAAUAUGGUAUUAAUUCUGAGAUAGCAUAUGUAUAUAUGGCAGCCAGAUCUGCUUCUUUAAACUAAUAGUGUUAUUUUAACCCAUGUUCUACUAUAUAAUUUUAAAUCUUAUGUAUAUAUAACUUUUAAAAAAACCCAACAACAAUCUGUUAUAAUCUGGCCCUGAAAAUAUGCUAGUUUGCAACUGCGGAAA